GGCCCCGCCGGCCUCCAGGCGGGAGGCGACGCCUGCGCAGUGCGGUCGCGGGGCUGUCGUUGUCCACCGCGCCACCGACCGGGCCUCGAACGGGAUGGCGGAGGAGGUGAGGAGGGAGGAAGCGUCCGGAGUGGGGCGGGCCCGGACUCCGACCCCCGGGGCGCUCCGAGCCCCCCAGCGGGUCACCGAGGCACCACCGAUCCACCCAGGUGAGCACCCUGAUGAAGGCCACGGUCCUGAUGCGGCAGCCUGGGCGGGUGCAGGAGAUCGUGGGCGUCCUCCGCAAGGGCGGCGGAGAGAGGUUACAGGUGAUUUCUGAUUUUGACAUGACCUUGAGCAGGUUUGCAUAUAAUGGAAAGCGAUGUCCUUCUUCUUACAAUAUUCUGGAUAAUAGCAAGAUCAUCAGUGAGGAGUGUCGGAAAGAGCUCACAGCGCUCCUUCACCACUAUUACCCAAUUGAGAUCGACCCACACCGGACCAUCAAGGAGAAGCUACCUCAUAUGGUGGAAUGGUGGACCAAAGCGCACAACCUCCUGUGUCAGCAGAAGAUUCAGAAGUUUCAGAUAGCCCAGGUGGUUAGAGAGUCCAGUGCAAUGCUCAGGGAGGGAUACAAGACCUUCUUCAACACACUCUACCAUAACAACAUUCCUCUUUUCAUCUUUUCUGCGGGCAUUGGUGAUAUCCUGGAAGAAAUUAUCCGACAGAUGAAAGUUUUCCACCCCAACAUCCACAUCGUGUCUAACUACAUGGAUUUUAAUGAAGAUGGUUUUCUCCAGGGAUUUAAGGGCCAGCUCAUACACACAUACAACAAGAACAGCUCCGUGUGUGAGAACUCUGGUUACUUCCAGCAACUUGAGGGCAAAACCAAUGUCAUCCUGCUGGGAGACUCCAUCGGGGACCUCACCAUGGCCGAUGGGGUUCCUGGUGUGCAGAACAUUCUCAAGAUUGGCUUCCUGAAUGACAAGGUGGAAGAGCGGCGGGAGCGCUACAUGGACUCCUAUGACAUCGUGCUGGAGAAGGACGAGACUCUGGAUGUGGUCAAUGGGCUGCUGCAGCACAUCCUGUGCCAGGGGGACCAGCUGGAGAUGCAAGGCCCCUGAGGGCACAGGCUUCAGCCCGACCUGCAGGCCGUGGUGAGGAGUCCGCUCCCCCAUGGACACAGAGCAGAGGCCAGGGUGGCCAGCAACGGCUGGGUCCUUCCAUACCCCUCCGUCCUCCUUUCUCUGAGCACCUUCAUCACCAGAGGCUUGAAGGAGCCCCGCCAUGUGGCAGGGUACAAGCACUGGUCCUGGUGAACCUUGGACCACAGCAUGUCAGUGCUCUAGGGAUUGUCUAUUCCAGGGAUUUUUUUCAACACUUUUAAAAAUGGGAAGUUGUUCUUCAAACAAAUAUAAUGUGCGAAACAGAUCAAAAUUUUUAAAAUGAAAAAAA